AUCACCACGAUGUCUACAUUCCAAAUGACGGCCUCUUCCUAUGUAGGGAACAGGGCACUGUUUGGGACAGGUCCGAUGUGAGCAGCACAUUCCUCGGGGCCGAUAUCGCGUUCUCACUCUUCGGUGACGUCAUGUCUCUCUGUUCCAGAGGAUGGGUGUUCACAAUUUGGGUGGAGGAGAAAAAGGAAAAUACCACUUAAAUUCUAUUGGUUGUGGGAUUUCUUUUUUUCUUUCUUUUUUAUUUGCUGUGAUUGGUUGGCAUGAGUGUUCCAGGGAAUCCCUCCAGCCAGUCAUUUAAGCUGUCUGUUAGACUCAUGUGGAGCAGAGAGUCCACAGUCCUCUGAAAAGGAGAGAGCUAUCCAAUACCUUUCACUUUGAAAUUGUAUCUCAGCCCUUCAACUUGAGCACUAUGGAUUUGACCUCAGGAAUAGAGAAGAUGUGUGUGGGGCAGCAGCCAGUGUUUCCAGGGGUGAGGGGCGCGACGUGUCUGUCAUGUAAAGGGAUCUGCUCUGGAUUCAUCCCACAUUCCUGGAGGAAAGUGUGCACAGUGUGUGGUUGCAGUGUGGAGGACCACGGCUCCAGUUGUGACCUAGACGAUGACCACAAGAUUGGCCGACUCCUGGCCGACUCCAAAUAUGCCCACCUGACCGCCAAGGUGAAGGGCAUCCGGGUGUACAAACGUAACCGUAUGGUCAUCACCAACUCUGUGGUGUCCAGGAAGGACCCCACCUUCAACACCAUCACCUACGACUGGGCCCCGCCAGGACUCACACAGAAACUGGCCAUGCUGUACAUGGCGUUGGUCCCGGAGGAGAAGCGUCCAGUAGCAGGGACGGAGGGAGCGAUGUACCGGCGCAGGCAGUUGAUGAGACAGCUACCUGUCUACGAUCAGGACCCCUCCCUGUGCUACGGGUCUCUGUCAGAGGACCAGCUGCAGAACAUGUCUGUCUUCAUGAAGCGCUACAAAGAGGAGGCUCUAGGAGUAGGGGAGGUGGCGCUGCCUGGGGAGGGAGGCGCUAACCCUCCGCCCGUCGUCAAAGGACAGAAGAACGGGGUUGUGACUGGGGGACCUAGGAAGGCCCCCAUUAUCCAGUCAGACUCUAACACGACCACCACCAACGGCACAGACGACCACUAUAAGAAGAGUAAAUAUCAUUGCAGUGGUUGCGGGGAGCUCACCCCCGUGGACAGUCCUGUGGUGUAUGCAGAGGGGGCAGGCUACGACAAGCAGUGGCACCCAACCUGCUUUGUGUGUUCAGAGUGUGGGGAGGCCCUGGUUGAUCUGGUAUACUUCUGGAAGGAAGGAGAGCUGCUGUGUGGAAGACACUACUGCCAGAGGACCAGACCCCGUUGUGCAGGCUGUGAUGAGCUGAUCUUCUGUGAGGACUACAAGAAGGGAAUAGACAGUCGGGCGUGGCACCAGGACCAUUACUGCUGCUGGCGGUGUGGACAGAGUCUGGACAGCCCCUGUUCCUGCCCCCAAACACCCUGCCCCAGCCCUGUUUAGGUCCCCUGGCCCCACUCCUUUCCCCCAGCCCUGUUUAGGUCCCCUGGACCCACUCCUUUCCCCCAGCCCUGUUUAGGUCCCCUGGACCCACUCCUUUCCCCCAGCCCUGUUUAGGUCCCCUGGACCCACUCCUUUCCCCAGCCCUG